UUCAAAGCAGCUUUGCGAGAAGCAAUGGUCAACUUUUUAUUAUUUUAACAAAAAUAUCAACAUACACGGCUCAUAUGACCUGACAACCAGUGAAAGAUUGAUGGCGCAUGCGCAGAGUGUACCGUGUGAUUGAUGGUCCAUUGGCUAGUACGUGUGUGCCUGAGCUCGCGGGAAGCCGAUCAGCUGCACUCCUCUCUCUCCCAGCCAGUGUGCGUCAGUGCAGCUUGAAGUUUUACAGUACGAUUGCCGAGGUGGAGGAAUAUUAUCGAGUCUCCUCGUUAUGUCUACAAAUAAAGUAAAGAAAGUGAAAAUGGCCACCAAAUCAUGUCCCGAGUGUGACCAACAGAUUCCUGUAGCUUGUAAAUCCUGUACUUGUGGCUAUGUCUUCAUCAGUCGAAAGCUUCUCAAUGCUAAAUUAAAUGAGAAGUCAUCUCCAGUAAUAGACAAAUUGGAUGCCAAGAGAAGACGAACAGAAAGAAUCAGAAAAGAGAAGAUAAACUUAACAUCUACCAAUGAUAUGGAAAACAGGAGACGGUCACGUACCAACAGCCAGUCAGAUCCUAUUCGUAGAGGCAGAGGCAGACCAAAAACUGUUGGACUGAAGAAGCAGGAGGAAGAAAAAGAAAAACAGGAAAAGGAGGUUGACAUUUAUGCCAAUCUCUCUGAUGAGAAAGCUUUUGUGUUCUCGGUGGCCUUGGCAGAAAUUAAUCGCAAAAUUCUGGGCCAGAGACUCAUCCUGUAGCAAGACUUGCUGGAAAUAAUUGCAAAUGAAACUCAGGACUCUCACUACGUGGGUGUGCGGGUCUCCCGAAUGUCUAAUGUAAGAGAGGAUGGGAAAGACUGAUCCGGAAAUGCUUAUGACUGUGGAUUAAAUCCUGCCGACUUUGGCCAAAACUCAGUGGUGCUACCGUGGACUGGUGGAAAUAGCCGAAUAAAUUACCUGUCUUUGGCAAAAGAGUGGAAACCUUUAGUAAAUAUUAGUGUUGUAGGAUUCCAUUUAUCUUUUAAUUCAACUUUUAUGGAAUGUAUUAAGUGUUACUCUUAGUCAUUUCUUAAUAAAUUCCUAGGGAACAAUGGGUUCAGCAAAAAGAUACAUUUUUGUGCAAGGUAAUCACAUGGCUGGUUAUCAUUAAUUCAAACCUGUAUGCUAAUCUUUUCCGCUGUUUGUUUAUUCAGGUGCCGGUGAGCCAUAUUAGUUCAUGUUGCUAUUGAAUCCAGGGAAUGCCUGUUAAAUGGUUAUUUAUUAUGCCUCUAAUACUUUAAUUUAAGUGCAUAUUUUAUUUUUCUGUACUGUAUAUUAUUGUUUUACUCACAACACAACCAACAUGUGUAACAUUCAGCUUGUAUGUAAAUAUAUUAAAAUCAAAAUGAAAUUCUU